GCCAUUCCUUAAAAAUAAGAACUAGAAGAAAUCAUAAAAAAAGAGUUCUCUUCUGUUUCAACAAUAACAACAGCUAUGGUGUCUCUCACGCAUAUAUUACUUUUUAGUGGAUGUACCAUGGUUAUAAAUGGACAAUACGGAGGCCGUCCAAGACUACCAGAUAAAUGUGAUGCUGUAUUUUGCGCAGAGACAGACUGUUUAAAUCCAACCACUCCUCCUGGGGAAUGUUGUGCGGUCUGUCCCCCAAACACCGCCACCAUUUGAGAAACCUGGCCAAUGUCCACGUGGGACUGGAUUUGGAAUCUGUGUAAGUUUGUGUACAGGCGAUUCAAGUUGUCCAGGGGACCAGAAAUGCUGUAGUAAUGGGUGUGGUCAUAGAUGUAUGUCGCCGGUAAGCGGAGGAAGAUCAUGCUUCUAUAAAGGUGAAAUGCGAAUGGACGGUGAAACAUUUAAAGAGAGGUGCAAUGAAUGCACGUGUAAUGAUGGUCAUGUUUCCUGUACGGAGAAGGCCUGUGGUUCAAAACCUGGCAGAUGCCCCCGUCCCACCGGGAUAGCAAUAUGUGUAAAAACGUGUACUGAUGACUCCAGUUGCCAUGGAAGACGGAAAUGUUGCAGCAAUGGUUGUGGUCAUACAUGUGUUCUGCCUGAAAAUGGUGGAAAUCAUUGUUACCAUAAAGGUCAAAAGCGAAUGGACGGUGAAACAUUUAAAGACAGGUGCAAUACAUGCACGUGUAAUAAUGGUCAUAUUUCAUGUACGGAGAUGGCCUGUGGUUCAAAACCUGGCAGAUGCCCCCGUCCCACCGGGAUAGGAAUAUGUGUAGAACUGUGUACUGACGACUCCAGUUGCCAUGGGAGACGGAAAUGCUGUAGCAAUGGCUGUGGUCAUACAUGUGAGCGCCCUGUAGGCAUAUGUGAUGGUAUGGCGUGUCCGCAAGUUCUAAGAUGUCCCAAUCAGUAUACACCCCCUGGUCAGUGUUGCCCAGUAUGCGGACCAAUAGGGAAGCCAGACUGCAGUAAGAUAGCUUGUACACUACGGCACUGUGUUGGCCAGUAUACUCCACCUGGACAGUGUUGUCCAGUAUGUCCACGUAACACAUACUGAUGAAACAUUUUAAGAAAAUGCACAAGCUUUCUUUCUGUUCUAAAGAAACUUAACGUCAAUCAAACGCCAAGUCUGUUUACGGGUGUAAUGAAUUAGACUUGUUGUUGUUAAUUUGAUUAUUUUUUUCUGAUCAGAAACAACACUGUCAGUACGACAGUAGUGAAUCGUUGUUCAUUUUCACUUGAUGUUGGAACUGUGAUGAUAUAUAAACCAUGCGUUAAAUACAGCUUUGUUUCAUUUUUAUUUAUUUCUCUCAGGACAAAGUACAUGACGUACUUGUUUCUCAUUGUCGUGGAACAUGUUAAGUGUACGAGUGUAUAUGUUACAGAGAAAUUGAACCAUAAUAUACUUAAGUUCACCUUUUUCCAUUUAUAUUUUUGUACAUUUAUAUGAAUUGUAAUGCAUAAAUUUGUAAAGGUUUAAAAAUGUAUAUUUCAGCUAAAUAGUAAAUAAAACUUGAAUCAUGUCA